AUGACUACUAAUGUCGGCGGCAUCGAGGUACUCUUUAAAGAAGCAAAUCGUGACUUCAGCAAGCGUUGGUACCAAUUUGGUCCAUCCAAAGAAGUACUCGCCAAAGGAUGGCAGAAAGCAGAAGGACGACGUGCAUUGGAUGAAGACUUGAUCUUUGAGAGAGAUUUUCGUAUCCCUUUGCGAGACGGUGCUACGAUCUGGGCGGAUGUUUUUCGACCUGUGCCGUCGGACAAUCAGCCUGUCCCGGCCAUAUUGGCAUGGAGUCCUUAUGGAAAGCAAGGCAAUGGCUUUCAGAGCCUUGAUAGGGUCCCCUGGCGGGCUGGAAUACCAAGAGAUUGGACCAGUGACCUCGAAAAAUUCGAGGCUUUAGAUCCGGCGGAAUGGUGUCCUCGAGGUUAUGCGACUGUCAACGUGGAUUCUCGUGGCGUCUUCGAUUCUGACGGAGACAUGUUCAUGCUAGGGACGCAAGAUGGCCGGGACGGAUACGAUGCCGUCGAAUGCAUCGCUUCCCAGCAGUGGUGCAACGGAGCCGUUGCUUUUGCCGGUAACUCAUACCUUGCUGCCGCCCAGUGGUUUAUUGCUGCGGAACGACCACCUCAUUUGAAGGCCAUUGCUCCCUGGGAGGGCAUUGCAGACUAUUAUCGUGAACUGCUUGGCAGAGGUGGCAUCCCGAACUAUGCUUUUAUUGACUAUCGCGGUAGCGGCUACUGUGGCAAGAACCGGCAGGAAGAUACAGGUGCUAUGACCCGUCAAUAUCCACUUUGGAACCAGUACUGGGACGAUAAAAGUGCGAAGUUCGCUCAAAUCGACGUUCCGGUUUACGCUUUGGCGAGCUUCUCGACGAUGCUGCACACCGAGGGCACGAUCAGGGGGUUCCUGUUCUCGUCAUCAAAAGACAAGUGGCUACGGAUCCAUCACACUCAGGAGUGGUAUGAUAUGUACCAGAAAUGGGCAAACGAUGACCUGCAAAAAUUCUUCGAUCGAUACCUUUACGAAAAGGCCAAUGACUGGGAGUCGACGCCUAAAGUGCGGCACAGCUUACUCGGGUUUAACCGCGACUGUAUUGUGAACAGGCCUGAGUCCGUAUACCCACCCAGCUACGUCGAGCAUCGAAUAUUCUUCUUGGAUGGCAAGACCGCAACGAUGAACGAAGGCGGUGCUCCCGGCGAGCCUUCUUCGAUCAGCUACCAAUCCGACUCCUGGGAUGACGACGGCGCGCACUUCGUCCACAAAUUCAACACCUAUACCGAACUGAUUGGCUAUUCCCAAGUCAAAUUGUGCAUGUCCUGCGCUGAAACCGAUGAUCUAGACGUCUACGUCAUUUGUCGAAAACUCGAUGCAGACGGCCAGCCAUUGGUGCAGGUGAACAUUCCUCUCGAGGCCCUCCCGGCAGGGACCACCGCCGAAGAUGUCCCAAACCUGAACAUUUUCAAAUACUUGGGCCCCAAUGGCAGACUUCGAGCUUCUCACCGGCAACUGAGCGCUGACCCGACCCUCACCAAGGAGCAGACCGCGAUGCUUGCUCCCGCUGUAGCGUGGCAUCCUCACGACAGCGAGGACAAGAUCCCGCCGGGUCAGAUUGUUUGUCUCGACAUCCCACUGUGGCCCUCUGGCUUCAUUUUCGGACCUGGGGAGUCCAUCCGGCUAGAGAUAAAGGGUCAUGAGGUGACGCUGCCAGAGUUCCCUGCAUUGGAUCGUGUCCCCAGAAAUCUCAACCGUGGCAAGCAUGUCGUCCACACCGGGCCCGAGUAUCCUUCCUCGAUUGUGCUGUCCCUGGCCUCUGGGGAUUCUGCUAGGUAA